CAGUUAUAGCUCACAUCAAGAAGAAACUCGUAUUUUCACAAUAAUUUCUGAAAUUAACUGCAGAAGAUUCACCGACUCUGAAAUAUAAAUGCGGACGAUUCUCACUUCCUGAAAAAAAGGUGAGUAAAAUAAAGGUUCAAAACACAGGAGGAAGAAAAUAGCUGGAUCUUCAUCAGCAACAAAAGACUGAAAAAGGAGAAGCAUGGAUAAACCAUGUUCAUUUUCUGGUGACUCCAGCAGUCUCCUGUCUGAAGAGCAGCUGCUGUGUUCGAUCUGUCUGGAUGUAUUCACUGAUCCACUCACCACUCCAUGUGGACACAACUUCUGUAAGAGCUGCCUUACACAGUGCUGGGAGAAGAAUCAACACUGUCACUGUCCGUUAUGUGAAGAGAAAUUCACCAAGAAACCUGAACUGAAGAUUAAUACAACACUGAGAGAGGUUGCAGAUCUCUUCAAGAAGAAAAGUGGUUCUGACAAACCUGAGGUUCUUUGUGAUGCCUGCACUGGAGAGAAGCUGAAGGCCCUGAAAUCUUGUCUGGGUUGUCGUGCACCUUUGUGCAGAAGUCAUCUAGAGCCUCAUAAUCAUGUUCCAAGUUUUAAGGAGCACAAAUUAAUAAACCCUGUGGAGAACCUGGAGGACUACAUAUGCCAGAAACAUGAGAGACUGCUGGAGCUGUUCUGUAGAGAUGAUCAGGUGUGUGUGUGUCAGUUCUGCACUGAAGGAGACCACAAGGAUCACAACACUGUUCUUAUAGACGAGGAGAGCGGAGAGAGGAAGACUCAGCUGGAGAAAACACAAACAGAUGUGCAGCAGAUGAUUCAGGACCGACUGAAGAAGAUCCAAGAGAUCAAACACUCAGUCGAGCUCAACAAAAGAAGCACAGAGAAAGAGAAAGCAGAUGGUGUUGAAGUCUUCACUGCUCUGAUUCGCUCCAUUGAGAGAAGUCAGGCUGAGCUGCUCAAGGCGAUGGAGGAGAAGCAGAAAGCAGCAGAGAGGCAGGCUGAAGGACUCAUUAAAGAGCUGGAGCAGGAAAUCACUGUGCUAAAGAAGAGAGACACUGAGCUGGAGCAGCUCUCACACACUGAGGAGCCUCUCCACCUCCUACAGAUUUACUCCUCCAUGUGCAGCCCUCCACACACCAAGAACUGGACUGAGAUCAACAUUAACACUGAUCUGAGUGGGGAAACUGUGAGGACAGCUCUGUCUCAGCUUCAGCAGACUCUGAAUGAGAAACUCACCGACAAGUUAAAGGAAGCAGAACUGAAUUGGAUUCAGCAGUAUGCAGUGGAUGUGACUCUGGAUCCUGAUACAGCUCAUCCCAAUCUCAUCCUGUCUGCUGAUGGAAAACAAGUGACAUGUGGAGACACACGACAGGAUCUCCUUGAUACACCACAGAGGUUUAAUCUGUGUGGUAAUGUUCUGGGAAAGCAGAGUUUCUCCUCAGGGAAAUUUUAUUACAAGGUGCAAGUCAGAGGGAAAAUUGCGUGGGAUCUUGGCGUCGCCACAGAGUCCAUUAACCGGAAGGGGAGGAUUACAAUGACUCCUCAGAAUGGAUUCUGGACUGUGAUACUGAGGAAUGAGAAUUGGUGUCAUGCUAGUGCUGAUCCCUCUGUCUCCAUCACACUGACAGAGAAAGUGGAGAUGGUGGGGGUGUUUGUGGAUUAUGACAAGGGUCUGGUCUCCUUUUAUGAUGUAAAGUCCAGAUCUCAUAUCUACUCUUUCACUGGUCAGUCUUUCACUGAGAAACUCUAUCCAUGCUUUAGUCCUGGUUUAAAUGAAGGAGGUAAAAAUUCAGCACCACUGAUCAUCUGUCCUGUAUUAAAGACUGCUUGAUUUUGAUCUGUCUGUACCGAAGGAGUUUGAAUUGACAAAGUAUGAUCUAGGAAUGUACACCUCUGCCGCCUAAGAGAUUCUGCUCACGGAUAUCUGGGAGAUUCUGCCUCACCGAUCGAUCUGGGAGCAAACAAUCAUGGACAUAACUGUUCAGAGAUAUUUCUCAGUUUAUUGUAGGACAUACAUGAGUAUAUAUUCACAUUCAAGACUGUGUUGUAGCCAUGUGAUUGGAUGAUGAUGAUUUAAUUGACAAAGCUAAGUUAUCUAUAUAUAAUGUAAAUGGGUGAUGAAGCGUUACAUCACUGGUUUAGAGUACACUACUUUAUGAAAUAAGAGAGACUUUAUGUACCAUUACAUCAUCUGUCAGGAUUAUGGUCUUAUGAAAAGAAGAAAGACAUUACUGGUCAACAUCACCUUCAUUAAACAGAGAGCAGAAUGUGUGAGUGAAGAUAAAUCUGAAGGAUUUAACUAAACCAAAACAUAUAGCAAUCAGACCAGUCUGCACCAGUUUCAAGCAUGCAAGACAAAUAUUUUUUAAUCAAUGCUCUCUUCAAUUCUGAAAGGAUCUGAUGCAUGCUUGCAAUACUGGACUUCCCUUCUUUUUAAAUUUGAGGUCAUGCAAUGGUACAGCUAUAGCACUUUUAACAACAGACAUUAUCACAAAGCAGCUUUACAUAAAAAUAAAGAACCCAAACACAUGAGCCAAUUCCAUCCCCAAUAAAUUCAUUUUAUCCCUGAUGAGCAAGCCUGUGGCUACAGUGGUAAGGAAAAACUCCCUCAGAUUACAUGAAGAAGAAACCUUGAGAGGUACCAGACUCCAAAGGGAACCCAUCCUCAUUUGGGUGAUAACAGAUAGCAUAAUUAUAAAUACAUUACAGUUUUAACAUGAAGACUAUUUUGUUGAAGUAUACUUUGUGCCAUUGCGUGGGUUAUACUGUAAGUAACUGCAAACACUGAAUAAUGUACGGGAUACAGACACACCAGUAACAGGACACAAAGCAUGGGCACACACCUACAGUAAGCCUGACAAAUAUAUUUGAUGAGAUUUGAAAUAUUCUGAAAGUUAUCAGGAAUAUACUAGAAACAGCAGAAGAUGUUGAGAACAUUACAUACGCUAGGGUGACCAGACAUCCCCAUUUUUGGUGGGCCUGUCCUCGGCUGGAAAUGUCCCCAUUUUUAACCAGGACCGACAGACCCGAGAAAAAAAAAAAAAAAAACCUCCACAGAGGGAAACAUCUACCAGAUUUCAGUAGAUGCCUCACAUAUUGUUUUGUGGAUCACUUUAAGACAGGCUCAGGCCGAUAGCAGAGAUGCUCCAGAACAGUGUUUCUUAAGCACCCUCUAGUGGGCCGUGAUUUUUUUUUUCCAAGUUGAAGCUAAUUUUUACUCAUAGUAGAGUACAAUUGCUGGGUUGCAUCCGAUGUCACAUCCAUCUCAUUAAGCUGUGGUCACACUACAGCUCGCAGUGCUUUGCGAUGGGUUAUGGAUGAAAAUGAGGCAUUUUGGCAUCAUGCAUGGUGAUAUACAUUCAAGCUAAAAGUUAUGGUCACGCAGCAUGCAAACAUUUGACUGUCACGCCUUUGUGCACUUGAGUCUGGCACAGCUCCACAAAGCACGUUGUGCACACUCUUGGGACCUGGUCAUUAUGGGAAACACCUGAUACUGAUUUGAUUGCAAUCAGCAUGUGCAGAUAUGGACGCUGUUUUCACAGAGGCUUUGUGAAGUGUUCUCAUUGUCACGUUUGUCUCUAGUCAUCUUUAUAAUACAAGAAGCAUAUCUGUGUUGAGUAUAGCUAAGCACGUCCUGGGCUAUAAUUCACUCCGCAUUCUUUACUGUUCCCUGGUUUUACCAUACUUAAAUUACUGCUCAGUGGUGUGAGGAAAUGUGUAUAAAUGUUCACAUCAUGCAAUAACUAUACUUCAAAAAAGAGCUAUAAGAAUAAUUCAUAGUGCUGGUUACCGAGAUCAUAUUCACUAUUCUUAAAUUCAAAAUGUUUAAAAUUCAGGGGUAUUAUAGAAUAUAAAACUGCCUUAAUAAUGUACAAAGUAAGGAAUUAUAAAAGUACCAAGAAAUAUCCAAACAAUGUUCUCGGAUGGGGGGGGCUAUAAUUUUAGGGGGAAAUUGAAAUUUAAAAUUCACAGUGCUAGGACAACAUUAAAAAUGUUUCUAUUUGUGGAGUAAAGCUAUGGAACAGUUUGAAUGUGGAGCUCAUGAAAUGUACAACUAUAAACCAGUUCAAAAAAAGGCAUAAGGAACAGAUUUUUAUGAGGUAUAGGGAGGAGGAAUUACAAUAGCAUUCUAUUGAUAAUGUGUGUAUAUAUGUGCAUAUGGGCACAUAUAGAUGUAUAUAUAAUUAUGAUAUUAUGGGUGUAUGUGUACGUAUGGAUGUGUAUAGUUAUAGGUAUGCGUAUAUGUAUAUAUGUUUAUAUGUAUGUACUGUAUAUAUGUAUUGUAUGUGUAUAUAUAUGCAUAACAUAAGUAUCUGUAUAUUUGAUUUGGUUGAUAUUAUACCAUGUUGGUAUAUUUUCUUUUUUGUUUGUUGCUUUUGUUUUCUUUUGUAUAUAUAGUUUAUUAUGGCAGAAAGUGAUGUUUGAUUAGCGGUGGUAUAGAGGGUUAGGAUUUGAUAAGUUAUUUACUUCUUCCUAAUCCUUUCCGAACAUUAUGAUGUUAGUGCCUUGUAGCUACACUAUUCUGUUUGUUUAUGACGAUGUUUUGAUUAUUGCAUUUUUUUUUUGUUUUGUUUUUAGAUCUUCUUUACUGUUCGGAAUAAAGCAAUCAAUCAAUUAUGAGGAGGGUCUGGUCUCCUUUUAUGAUGUGAAGUCCAGCUCUCAUAUUUACUCUUUCACUGCCGCUUUAUCCUUCUACAGGGUCGCAGGCAAGCUGGAACCUAUCCCAGCUGACUACGGGCGAAAGGCGGGGUACACCCUGGACAAGUCGCCAGGUCAUCACAGGGCUGACACAGACAACCAUUCACACUCACAUUCACACCUACGGUCAAUUUAGAGUCACCAGUUAACCUAACCUGCAUGUAGCUACUGCUGGUACUAAUAAACCCGGGUCCACGCUUCAAACUGA